AUGAAGAAUAAUGAAAGACUUGUCCAGCUGUACUUUGAACUUGGACUAUCAUAUACUGAAAUUUUAAACUUUCUUGCAAUUGUGCAUCAAGUCAUUAUUAGUAAGUCGACAUUGAAAAGAACGCUGAAAAGAUUACGACUAACGAGAAGAAAAAAAUAUUCUGAUGUCUGCGAUGUUGCUUUGUUUAUUUUGAAUGAACUGCAAAAUUCGGGACAGCUUCAUGGCUACAAAUGGAUGCACAACAAGUGUAAACUCUCUGGAUUAACAGUUUCUCGAGACACAGUGUAUCAUCUCAUGAAAAUUUUAGACCCAGAUGGGAUAUUGAAACGGAAGAGAAUAAGACUACAUAGACGGCAAUAUGUCAGCAAUGGUCCUGAUAACGUAUGGCAUAUUGACUCAUAUGAUAAAAUGAAGCCAUACGGCAUAGCUAUAAAUGGAUGUAUUGAUGGAUUUUCAAGAAAUGUGAUUUGGUUGGAGGCCAACUCAACCAACAGCGAUCCGAAAGUUAUAGCUGAUUACUAUAUAAAAGCCGUGCAACGCCGGAGGGGAUGUCCCCAAAGGAUAAGAGCUGACAUGGGGACGGAAAAUGUUUACAUCGAGCAAGUGCAGAAGUUUCUAAGACGCAAUUAUAUCGACGCUCAGUCUGGUGAAAAAAGUUUUAUAUAUGGGAAAAGCACGCACAAUCAAAGAAUAGAAUGGUUUUGGGGAAUUCUAAGAAAGGAAGUUGGGCAGUUCUGGAUGGCUUUAUUCGCAGAUAUGGCCAAUUGCAUUGGAGAAACUACCUUCUGCGGAACUUUUUUGGACAAAAAUUUAGUACAGUUCUGUUUUAUGGAUAUCAUUCAGAAAGAUUUGGAUAACUUGGUGGAAAUCUGGAACACUCAUACUAUCUCUGGUGGAAAAGACAUGCAUGGUGGGAACAGACCAAUUAUGCUCUACUCGCUUCCUGAACUAUAUAACAAACAACACUGCCAUUGUUACGCAGAUGAAACAGAAAUCACUGCCUGCUCGGAAGAAACUACGCCAAAAGCUGAGUUUUCUUGUGACGAGACUGUUCGAGAUCUACGCCUAUUGCUUAUGGAGGAAGAUAGAUAUGAAUCUCCGAGAGAUUCCGAGGAAGCAAAAAAGCUAUACAUUCAUCUUAGGGGAAAAGUCUUUAAUAGAACUUAUUUCUGAUUUCAACAAUUUCUAUACAGGGUCAGGAUGCAAUGUAAUAAUGAAUAUGAUUACCAAAGUAAACCUGCGCAAUUUCACUACACAUCGAAGAAACAUUAAAUUAUGUGAUAUUAACGGUCGAGUAAAACACUGGUCUGUAGGGAAAAUGAAAUGAGGAGGUUUUAUAACAGUGGACUCUUUUUACGUGUAUUAUAUAUUUAGAUAAAAGGCCCAUGGGGGUGUCACGGUCACCUGAGAGUCAUGACCUUUUCUUGAUAAGACCAACUUAGUUCGACCUGGAAAUGGAACUCUGAAUUUAGUGCCAUGCAUUUCACAAAUUGGUGAGGAUUCUAUCUUUAUUAUCAUAUUUGUGAAGCAAUCAUAUUUGUACUGCAACUCGGUAUAAAGUCUGCUUACUG